AUGGCUAAAACCAACCCAUCUAGGCUGUCAACUGAUACCCCAAUGAAGCUCGAGAAAACGAACCCCAGAGCCAAUUGCCUACGAAGAAAAUCAACCGGCUACUCGAGCCUCAAAUCCGACGAGCCAACUUCCAGUACUCCAAAUUAUCUCAGAGCCUCAACUGGCUCGUGCCACGAUUUUUGCAAGUAUGGCAUAAAACGAGCUCUCCCGAUCAAGCCAUGGCCCCCGGUGGGUCGAAAGCUCGACAAAAAUGGAAAUGACAUGUUGUUAUUAUCAGUAUCAGAUGAAAAUCCCAGAAGAAAAAUGAUUUUAACAUCUCCAAGAAAACAACACCUCCAAACUAAUGUUCGGGUAAAACCGGAACCUCUGAAAACAACAGAUUCAUUCGGCACACAGCCGAAGAAAAACUUCUUGAAAAAUUCGAGUAAUGCACGUAUAGACACAAGAACACCCAAAACAAGCAAGAAAAGCAGCAGUUUCCAACCCGUAAGUGGUCCUCCGGCUUUACCAUUGAGUUCGAAUAUCAGAACAAACAAAAGCUCCCAGAAAAAAACUCCUCACUCGGAAAUGGAAACUAUGCUGAGAAAAAAACCAGUGUUGAAGAUGUCCUGGAGAAGAUUAUUCAUAUGA